CCCCUAAUUUCCUCCCUGCCUUCUGCAGCCAUUUUGCACCGGCAGAGCUGAAGGGAGGUGUGAGAGGGUUGGCAGGGGGUGAGCUGCAGAGAAUGAAGGCAAGGGAGUACAGAGUUACGGAGAGCAAAGAGGCGGCCAUGGGAGACCCUGGCUGGUAUGUCUGCUAAGGCUGGCUCACGGCAGCAGCUGUCAUCAGCAUCAUGGUGAAAAGGAAAAGCUCGGAGGGCCAGGAGCAGGAGAGCGGCCGCGGCAUCCCUCUGCCCAUCCAGACCUUCCUCUGGAGGCAAACCAGUGCAUUUUUAAGACCUAAACUGGGGAAACAGUAUGAAGCUUCCUGUGUGUCCUUUGAAAGAGUUUUGGUGGAGAACAAGCUGCAUGGCCUCUCUCCAGCUCUCUCUGAAGCCAUCCAGAGCAUUUCUCGCUGGGAACUGGUCCAAGCGGCGCUCCCCCACGUGCUGCACUGCACCGCGACGUUGCUCUCCAACCGAAACAAGCUCGGACAUCAGGAUAAGCUUGGAGUUGCUGAAACAAAGCUUCUUCACACUCUUCACUGGAUGCUGCUGGAAGCCCCUCAGGACUGCAGCAAUGACCAGUUUGGAGGUGACAGAGGAUCCAGCUGGGGAGGGAGCAGCAGUGCCUUUAUCCACCAGGCUGAAAACCAAGGCUCUCCAGGACAUCCCCGGCCCAGCACCAUCAGUGACGAAGAGGAGAAUAACAGGAGGAAGUUCUUCCAAAACUCCAUGGCCACAGUGGAGCUUUUUGUCUUCCUCUUUGCUCCUCUUGUCCACAGGAUUAAAGAGUCUGACCUGACGUUCCGCUUGGCUAGUGGCCUUGUGAUUUGGCAGCCCAUGUGGGAACACAGGCAGCCUGAGGUCUCUGCCUUCACUGCCCUUGUAAAGCCCAUCAGGAACAUUGUUACAGCUAAAAGAAGUUCUCCUACCAACAACCAGAGCAUGACUUGUGAAUCCCCAAAUCUGGAGAGCAGGCAUAAUGAGGGGCUCCAGGUGGUCUGUGAGACAACCCAGCCAGACUCUGUACCUCCAAAGGCACCUGUUUCAGCCUGUCACCGUGGGAAUUCCUUGGAUGGAAGCGUGUCCUCACAGUCCUCUCAGGAGAGAGGUACUGCACAUCCCAGGGUGUCCCUGGUCAUCCCUCCGUGCCAGAAGUCUCGCUACGCCACCUACUUCGACGUGGCAGUGUUGCGCUGCCUGCUGCAGCCGCACUGGUCUGAGGAGGGCACGCAGUGGUCGCUGAUGUACUACCUGCAGAGGCUGAGGCACAUGCUGCAGGAGAAGCCCGAGAAGCCUCCCGAGCCAGAGAUCACUCCUUUGCCACGGCCUCGCAGCAGCUCCAUGGUGGCAGCUGCACCGUCGCUGGUGAACACCCACAAAACUCAGGAUCUUACCAUGAAAUGCAAUGAGGAAGAAAAGUCACUAAGCACGGAGGCAUUUUCCAAGGUUUCACUGACCAACUUGCGCAGAGCAGCAGUUCCAGACCUGUCCACAGACUUGGGGAUGAACAUCUUCAAAAAGUUCAAGAGCCGCAAGGAGGACCGGGAGCGCGAGCGCAAGGGCUCGAUUCCGUUCCACCACGCUGGGAAGAAGCGGCAGCGCAGGAUGGGGGUGCCCUUCCUCCUGCACGAGGACCACCUGGACGUCUCACCCACUCGCAGCACUUUCUCCUUCGGCAGCUUCUCUGGCAUUGGAGAGGACCGGCGUGGCAUGGAGAGAGGAGGAUGGCAAACCACCAUAUUAGGAAAGUUCACCAGGCGAGGGAGCUCUGACACAGCCACGGAGAUGGAGAGCCUGAGCGCCAGGCACUCACACUCCCACCACACACUGGUCUCGGAGCUGCCUGACCACUCCAACAGCCACGGGGAGAACACUGUCAAGGAAGUGCGGUCCCAGAUCUCCACCAUCACGGUGGCGACCUUCAACACCACCCUGGCCUCCUUCAACGUGGGCUAUGCCGAUUUCUUCAGCGAGCACAUGAGGAAGCUUUGCAACCAGGUUCCCAUCCCUGAGAUGCCCCACGAGCCUCUGGCGUGUGCCAACCUGCCCCGCAGCCUGACAGACUCCUGCAUCAAUUACAGUUGCCUGGAGGACACAGAUCACAUCGACGGCACCAACAACUUUGUGCACAAGAACGGCAUGCUGGAUCUCUCGGUCAUCCUGAAGGCUGUUUACUUGGUCCUGAACCACGACAUCAGUUCCCGGAUCUGCGACGUGGCGCUGAACAUCGUGGAGUGCUUGCUUCAGCUUGGUGUGGUGCCCUGUGUGGAAAAGGUUCGCAGGAAGAGUGAGAAUAAAGAAAAUGAGGCCCCUGAAAAGAGACCGAGUGAAGGAUCCUUCCAGCUCAAAGGGGCUGCUUCAAGUGGUUCAGCCUGUGGGUUUGGGCCUUCUCUGGUUAGUGGAGCUGGAGACGGAGGAGAAGAAGGAGGUGGUGGAAGCAGUGGAGGAGGUGGAGGUGGAAGUGAUGGAGGUGGUGGUGGAGGAGGAGGAGGAGGGCCAUACGAGAAGAACGACAAAAAACAGGAAAAGGAUGAAGGUCCAUCUGUCAGCAACCACAGGCUGGCCCUCACAAUGCUGAUCAAAAUUGUCAAGUCCCUGGGCUGUGCCUAUGGCUGUGGAGAAGGACACCGAGGGCUCUCUGGAGACCGCCUGAGACACCAGGUAUUCCGGGAGAAUGCCCAGAACUGCCUGACCAAGCUGUACAAGCUGGACAAGAUGCAGUUCCGGCAGACCAUGAGGGAUUAUGUGAACAGAGAUUCUCUCAAUAAUGUGGUGGAUUUCCUACAUGCUUUGCUGGGAUUCUGCAUGGAGCCAGUCACUGACAACAAGGCUGGCUUUGGGAACAACUUCACCACGGUGGACAGCAAAUCCACAGCCCAGAGCGUGGAAGGCAUUAUCGUGAGUGCCAUGUUCAAGUCGCUGAUCACUCGCUGUGCUUCCACUACGCAUGAGCUGCACAGCCCAGAGAACCUGGGCCUGUACUGCGACAUCCGGCAGCUGGUGCAGUUCAUCAAGGAGGCUCACGGGAAUGUGUUUCGGAGGGUGGCACUCAGUGCCCUCCUGGACAGCGCCGAGAAGCUGAUACCAGGGAGAAGAACCGAGGAGACGGAGCAAGAGCCAAAACCCUCUGGCAGCAAAAGGUCCGAGGUGGGAAGUGUCAUCGCUGACAAAGGGCAGGUGUCUGCUGCCCCCGACGAGUGCCGCAGUUACGUCUCCAGCCGCCCGAUGCAAACCCCAGAACACGAUGAGCAAAUCCAGGGGGCCGUUCUGGGCCGCAAGGACUUCUGGCGCAAGAUGUUCAAGUCCCAGAGCGCCGCGAGCGAUACCAGCAGCCAGUCCGAGCAGGACACCUCCGAGUGCACCACUGCACACUCCGGCACCACCACGGACCGGCGCUCCCGCUCCCGCUCCCGCCGCAUCUCCCUGCGGAAGAAACUCAAACUGCCCAUAGGUAAAUGGAACUGGCUGAAGCGUUCCUCCCUCUCUGGCCUGGCUGAUGGGGUGGAAGAUCUCCUAGAUAUCAGCUCUGUCGACCGUCUGUCUUUCAUCAGGCAGAGUUCCAAGGUGAAGUUUACCAGUGCAGUGAAGCUGUCAGAAGGAGGGGGCCCAGGAGGUGGCCUGGACAACGGGCGAGACGAAGAGGAGAAUUUCUUCAAGCGUCUUGGUAAAUGGCGCACCUGCCGAAGACACCCAUCCAAGCUCCAUCACACAGAAGAAAAAGAUGGUUGCCAUAGCUUUGAUGAUCACUUGACCUCCAACCAAGAAGGAGGAAAAUCCAAGAACGUUGUGAACCUGGGAGCAAUCCGCCAAGGCAUGAAGCGCUUUCAGUUUCUGCUGAACUGCUGUGAACCAGGCACUAUCCCUGAUGCCUCCAUUUUGGCAGCAGCCCUAGACCUUGAGGCGCCGGUGGUGGCCAGAGCAGCCCUGUUCCUGGAGUGUGCGCGCUUCGUCCACCGCUGCAACCGCGGCAACUGGCCCGAGUGGAUGAAGGGGCACCACGUCAACAUCACCAAGAAAGGCCUCUCCCGGGGGCGCUCUCCCAUCGUGGGCAACAAGAGGAACCAGAAGCUGCAGUGGAAUGCAGCUAAGCUUUUCUACCAGUGGGGAGAUGCGAUCGGUGCCCGGCUCAAUGAGCUGUGCCACUCCGAAAGCGAGAGCCCUGCCAACCUGCUGGGCCUCAUCUAUGACGAGGAAACUAAGCGGCGCCUGAGGAAGGAGGACGAAGAAGAAGACUUUUUAGAUGACAGUAAGGAGACUCCCUUUACUACAAGAGCCCCUGCUUGCACUGUGAAUCCUACCAAGUGUUGUUGUCCUUUUGCACUGAAGAUGGCAGCCUGCCAGCUGCUGCUGGAGAUAACCACUUUUCUGAGAGAGACCUUUCCCUACAUGCCCCGGCCACGCACUGAGCCCCUCGUGGAUCUGGAGAGCUGCAGGCUGCGUCUGGAGCCUGAGAUGGACCGGCACAGGUAUGAAAGAAAGAUCAGCUUUGCUGGGGUCCUGGAUGAAAAUGAAGAUUCAAAGGAUUCCCUGCACAGCAGCAGCCACACCCUCAAAUCUGAGGCUGGCUUCGAGGAAAAAAAAGUUCCCAGCAGGAGGAUCAGGAUAGGAGGCUCCCGCUUGCUCCAGAUUAAAGGAACCCGCAGUUUCCGGGUGAAGAAGGGGGGUUCCCUUUCCAGCAUUCGCCGAGCCGGCAGCCUAAAGAGCACCAAGUUAUCACGGCAGGACUCAGAGUCUGAGAAUGAGGAGCUGCAGCUGUCCCACAGCAGGGACACUGUCACUGAUAUAGAAGGGAGCCCUUGGAGCGCCAGUGAACCUAGCAUUGAGCCCGAGGUGCUGAGCAACACAGGCACGGAGGAGAACUAUCACCGGAACAUGUCCUGGCUGCACGUUAUGAUCCUACUCUGCAACCAGCAAAGUUUCAUAUGCACCCACAUUGACUACUGUCACCCACACUGCUACCUCCAUCACAGCCGCUCCUGCGCUCGCCUCGUCCGGGCCAUCAAACUCCUGUAUGGGGACACAGUGGACUCCCUGAGAGAAAACAGCACAUUGAACAGCGUGGCAAGGGGCAAGAAGCAGAAAGAAUGCUCAGACAAGUCUUGCUUGAGAACUCCUUCUCUAAAAAAGAGAGUGAUGGAUUCCAACUUGGAAGGGAAGAAGGACUCUGGAAUGCUAAAAUACAUCAGGCACCAGGUGAUGAGCCUCUCCCCUGCCCCUUUGUCACUGUUAAUCAAGGCAGCUCCUAUCCUCACCGAAGAGAUGUAUGGCGACAUCCAACCAGCAGCGUGGGAACUCCUGCUCAGUAUGGACGAGCACAUGGCUGGAGCAGCAGCUGCCAUGUUCCUGCUGUGUGCUGUGAAAGUGCCAGAGGCUGUUUCUGACAUGCUGAUGUCCGAGUUCCAUCACCCAGAGACAGUGCAAAGGCUGAAUGCCAUUCUCAAAUUUCACACGCUCUGGAGGUUUCGGUAUCAAGUCUGGCCAAGGAUGGAGGAAGGAGCACAGCAAAUCUUUAAGAUCCCCCCUCCAAGUAUAAACUUCACUCUGCCUUCUCCUGUCCUGGGAAUGCCAUCUGUGCCAAUGUUUGACCCACCCUGGGUCCCUCAGUGCAGUGGGAGCGUGCAAGACCCCAUCAAUGAAGAUCAGUCGAAGUCGUUUUCAGCCAGAGCCGUGUCUCGUUCCCACCAGCGGGCGGAGCACAUCCUGAAGAACCUGCAGCAGGAGGAAGAGAAGAAGCGGCUGGGCCGGGAAGCCAGCCUCAUCACUGCCAUCCCCAUCACCAUGGAGGCCUGCUACGAGCCAACCUGCACACCCAGCUCAGAGCAGGAAGAAGAAGUAGAAGAAGUUGCCAACCUGGCCUCACGCCGCCUGUCUGUGAGCCCUUCCUGCACCUCCAGCACCUCUCACAGGAACUACUCUUUCCGCCGCGGCUCCGUCUGGUCCGUGCGCUCAGCGGUCAGUGCUGAAGAUGAAGAACACACCACAGAGCACACUCCAAACCACCACGUGCCACAGCCACCUCAAGCCGUGUUUCCAGCAUGCAUCUGUGCAGCAGUGCUCCCCAUCGUGCACCUGAUGGAAGAUGGAGAAGUGCGGGAGGAUGGAGUAGCUGUGAGUGCUGUUGCUCAGCAGGUGCUGUGGAACUGCCUGAUUGAAGACCCCUCUACAGUGCUGCGCCACUUCCUGGAGAAGCUCACCAUCAGCAACCGGCAGGAUGAGCUGAUGUAUAUGUUAAGGAAGCUUUUGUUGAACAUUGGAGACUUCCCUGCCCAAACCUCUCAUAUUCUCUUUAACUACUUGGUAGGACUGAUCAUGUAUUUCGUCCGCACUCCCUGCGAGUGGGGCAUGGAUGCCAUUUCUGCCACGCUCACCUUCCUGUGGGAGGUGGUGGGUUAUGUGGAAGGACUCUUUUUCAAGGAUCUCAAACAGACUAUGAAGAAGGAACAGUGUGAAGUGAAGCUGCUGGUGACUGCCUCAAUGCCAGGCACAAAGACUCUCGUGGUGCACGGACAGAAUGAAUGUGACAUCCCAACUCAGUUGCCAGUCCAUGAGGACACACAGUUUGAGGCUCUUCUGAAGGAGUGUUUGGAGUUUUUUAACAUCCCUGAGACGCAGGCUUCUCAUUACUUUUUAAUGGAUAAGCGCUGGAAUCUUAUUCACUACAACAAGACCUACGUCCGCGACAUUUACCCUUUCCGGAGGUCGGUGUCUCCUCAGCUCAACCUGGUGCAGAUGCAUCCAGAAAAGGGUCAAGAGCUCAUUCAGAAGCAGGUGUUCACCCGCAAGCUGGAAGAGGUGGGGCGGGUGCUGUUCCUCAUCUCACUGACACAGAAGAUCCCUGCUGCCCACAAGCAGUCCCACGUGUCUAUGCUCCAGGAGGACCUCCUCCGCUUACCUUCAUUCCCCAGAAGUGCCAUUGAUGCUGAGUUCUCACUCUUCAGUGACCCCCAAGCUGGGAAAGAGCUCUUUGGUCUGGACACACUUCAGAAGAGCUUGUGGAUUAAACUGCUGGAGGAGAUGUUCCUUGGCAUGCCCAGUGAGUUCCCGUGGGGGGAUGAGAUCAUGCUCUUCUUGAACGUCUUCAACGGUGCCCUGAUCCUGCACCCUGAGGACAGUGCCUUGCUGAGGCAGUACGCGGCCACCGUCAUCAACACAGCCGUGCACUUCAACCACCUUUUCUCCCUCAGUGGCUACCAGUGGGUCCUCCCUAGCAUGUUGCAGGUGUACGCAGACUACGAGAGCAACCCGCAGCUGCGCCAGGCCAUCGAGUUCGCCUGCCGCCAGUUCUACAUCCUGCACCGCAAGCCCUUCGUCCUGCAGCUCUUCGCCAGCGUGGCUCCUCUGCUGGAGUUCCCGGAUGCUACAAACAAUGGAAGCAGCAAAGGAGUGUCAGCUCAGUGCCUGUUUGACCUGCUGCAGUCCUUAGAGGGAGAUACUCCGGAUAUCUUGGACAUCUUAGAGCUGGUGAAAGCAGAAAAGCCUCUCAAGUCAUUAGACUUCUGCUAUGGGAAUGAAGACUUGACCUUCUCCAUCAGUGAAGCCAUCAAGCUGUGUGUGACAGUGGUGGCCUAUGCUCCUGAGUCAUUCAGAAGCCUCCAGAUGCUGAUGGUCCUGGAAGCUCUGGUUCCCUGUUACUUGCAGAAACUGAAGAGACAAACCUCUCAGGUGGAGACUGUGACAGCAGCUCGUGAGGAGAUUGCUUCCAUGGCUGCCCUGGCCACCUCUCUGCAGGCCCUUCUGUACAGUGUAGAAGUCCUCACCAGGCCUAUGACAGCUCCACAGAUGAGUCGAUGUGACCAGGGUCAUAAAGGCACCACAGCAGCGAACCACACCAUGUCAGCAGGUGUCAACACCAGGUACCCAGAGCAAGGAGCCAAGCUACACUUUAUCAGGGAGAACCUUCACUUACUGGAGGAGGGUCAGGGCCUGCCCCGAGAGGAGCUGGAUGAACGAAUUGCCAGAGAGGAGUUCAGGAGGCCACGGGAGUCCCUGCUGAAUAUCUGCACAGAGUUCUACAAGCACUGUGGUCCCAGGCUGAAGAUUUUGCAGAAUCUGGCUGGUGAGCCCCGAGUGACUUCUCUGGAGCUGCUGGAUGUGAAAUCCCACAUGAGGCUGGCAGAGAUCGCCCACUCCCUGCUGAAGCUGGCCCCCUAUGACACGCAGACGAUGGAGAGCCGAGGCCUGCGGCGCUACGUCAUGGAGAUGCUGCCCAUCACCGACUGGACGGCCGAGGCGGUGAGACCUGCCCUUAUCCUCAUCCUAAAGAGGCUGGACCGUAUGUUCAAUAAAAUUCACAAGAUGCCUACUCUGAGGCGCCAGGUUGAGUGGGAGCCUGCCAGCAGUUUGAUUGAAGGGGUUUGUUUGACACUUCAGAGGCAGCCAAUCAUAUCCUUCCUGCCUCACCUUAGGUCUCUGAUCAAUGUCUGUGUCAAUCUGGUGAUGGGAGUGGUAGGACCCUCCAGUGUGGCUGAUGGAUUACCCCUUCUUCAUCUCAGCCCUUAUCUCUCGCCACCUCUGCCCUUCAGCACAGCUGUUGUCCGGCUUGUAGCAUUGCAGAUACAGGCUUUGAAAGAAGAUUUCCCCUUAAGCCAUGUCGUCUCCCCAUUCACCAAUCAGGAAAGAAGGGAAGGAAUGCUUUUAAACCUACUGAUUCCAUUUGUGCUCACAGUAGGAUCUGGAAGAAAAGACAGCCCUUGGCUGGAGCAGCCUGAGGUCCUGCUGCUGCUCCAGACUGUUAUCAAUAUCCUCCUGCCACCUCGCAUCAUCAGCACUUCCCGCAGCAAGAAUUUUAUGCUGGAGAGUUCCCCUGCCCACAGCUCCACCGCAGGGGAUGCGGGGAAGGACCUGCGGCGGGAAGGGCUGGCAGAGUCCACCAGCCAGGCUGCCUACCUGGCCCUGAAGGUGAUCCUGGUUUGCUUCGAGAGGCAGCUGGACAGCCAGUGGUACUGGCUGAGCCUGCAGGUGAAGGAGAUGGCUCUGCGCAAGGUGGGGGGGCUGGCCCUCUGGGACUUCCUCGACUUCAUCGUGCGGACGCGGAUCCCCAUCUUCGUGCUGCUGCGGCCCUUCAUCCAGUGCAAGCUGCUGGCCCAGCCUGCCGAGAACCACGAGGAGCUGACGGCCCGACAGCACAUUUCCGACCAGCUGGAGCGCCGCUUCAUCCCGCGCCCGCUCUGCAAGAGCUCCCUCAUCGCCGAGUUCAACAACGAGCUGAAGAUCCUGAAAGAGGCGGUGCACAGCGGCUCAGCUUACCAGGGGAAGACGUCCGUCAGCACCGUGGGCACCUCCACCUCGGCGUACCGCCUGAGCCUGGCCACCAUGUCCCGCUCCAACACGGGCACGGGCACGGUGUGGGAGCAGGACAGCGAGCCCUCCCAACAGGCCUCCCAGGACACGCUCAGCCGCACCGACGAGGAGGAUGAAGAAAAUGACUCCUUGAGCAUGCCCAGUGUGGUAAGUGAACAAGAAGCAUACCUUAUGGGUGCCAUUGGGAGGAGGCGGUUCUCCAGCCAUCUCUCCAGCGUGUCUGCACCUCAGGCUGAGGUGGGCAUGUUACCCAGCCAAAGUGAACCUAAUGUCCUCGAUGACUCCCCGAGCCUGGCCACUGAGGGCAGCCUCUCUAGGGUGGCAAGUGUGCAGAGUGAACCAGGACAGCAGAACCUUCUUCUGCAGCAGCCCCUGGGGCGGAAGAGAGGCCUACGUCAGCUUCGGCGACCGCUGCUGUCACGGCAGAAAACUCAAACGGAGCCUCGCAGCCGGCACGGAGCUCGACUUUCAACCACGCGCCGGAGCAUCCAGCCAAAGCCCAAGGCCUGUGUGGAGCAGAAGCGGUCGGUGACCUUCACCGAAGCCCAGCCUGAGGCGGCAGCAGCCCCCUCCGGGGACCUGCCUGCUCCAGGAGCGCAGCAGCAGGGCUGCGGCCGCAGCAGCCCCCAGCCGGCCAGCAAGCAGGAGCCGCUGAGCAAACCUGUGCUGACCUCCUCACCUGCCGUCGUCGUAGCUGAUCUCCACAGCCAGACCACUGGCCAGAGCGAGGCGCUUCCUGCUGAGGAGAAGGGAAAAGAGGAGGGCUUAGAGCCCCGACCACCGACGGCACAGAGCACCCCACCCACCCAGCUCUCCGACACCGAGGACUACGCUGGCCUGGAGACCACCAGCUUGCUGCAGCACGGGGACACUGUCCUGCACAUCAGUGAGGACAAUGGCAUGGAGAAUCCCUUGUUGGCCACGCACUUCAGCUUCACGCACGUGGAGCUUGGGGAGACUGAUGUGGAUCUCGAUGAAUCCCACGUUUAGCGCUUGUGGGGAGGAGGAAGAGAAGGGGAACCUUCCCCCUUGAGCUCCCUGGUAAUUAGGAAGUCAUUCAAACAUAAGCACUUUAUUACCCAAAAGCAGAAAAUAGAUAUCAGCCAGUUGCUUCAGACUGACCAGUUUUUGAUUGUGAACUCUCUUUUAGUUCAGGGCAAGACCAUAGAAACAGAAAAUUCUUACCAAAUUCUCAGGAUGGGGGGGUGUGGGAGAACAUGGGGUCCAGAAAACCUUGAUCUGGCAGCCACAGCCUGUGCUCAGCAGCUUCUUUGGGUGAGCAGGCUGCUGUCUUGUGCAUGGAAAAGAGAAAGAGGAGGAGAGGAGAGGAGAGGAGAGGAGAGGAG